UGUGUGGUUCGACGCUCCAUCUCCGGGUCUAUUCCCUUUCUUCUGUACAUGUACUGAGUAUGCAUCAUUCCGUUUUUUUCCUUUUCCUUUUCUGCUUUCUUAGACAUUGAUGGGUGCCGCUAUGGCGGUGGACACUGUACCGGGCGGCUCUCUGCAUAUGGCUUUUCCUGUGUCAAUUGUAUUUGCAUCCGCGGAUUCGCUCUCGAUUCGCACCGCACCACCGCUUCUUCUUACCGCUUUGUUUUGUCUCUUUCUCCACUUCGGAUCAUGCAUGCCAAGGGAUGGUAUCUGCACCUGUUUCUCUGGGACAUGGAAUGGGUGGAUCCUUUGUUUAUGUCACAGGCGCUGGCGAGGGGAAAAAGGCAUAUCUGGAUUUUUGGAUUCAGGUUUUACGGCGGAUUUGGUAAUGCAGGCAUUGACAGGCCUGCGCAGGCGCUGGUCAGUCUAUGGAGUCUACGAUAAUGAGUGGCGAAACGGGGAGGAUGAUGGUAUUGUGGAGACUGGGCAUAGCGGCAUGCAGCAAGUCACCGGUAUGUCCAUGCUCAGCUGCAGCGUCCGGUGGUCUCGAACCUUGCAACAAGAGAGUUAGGAAGGUCUUCAACGUCUGCACGCCCGACAUUGGGUGGCAAUAGACAUUCCUUCGCUUGUGCCCAAGCUUAGAGGCGUGAACCAUGGACGCCAGGGUUUGUGGGGUUGUUGAUGAUAUGACGGCACGAGACGACAUGAUUGGGCUGUGCGAUUGGGCAGCAAAUGUACCAUAGACGAUUCUAGUACUAUAGACACUUCCGAGGCUUCAUUGCAUCAUUUCUCUAUAGACGACGGCUUCUUCGGGGCUACCUGUGCUCUUGCCUCGGUGCUGCGUCGUUGGGAG